GUUCCCAUAGUCAGACUGUUUCCUUGUAGCCUUCUUGAGGUGGAUUCUGCUCAGCAGAGGGAAGUAGAUAUGAAAAUAGGGGCCAGGAUUGUGUGAAUUUCUGGAAAUAUGUCCAAGAAAAGGGGCAGAAAGCGUAGCAGCGGCGAGCUGAGUGAGAGUUCGGGUUUGUCUCUGUCGUCGACCCCAGACCCCAACAACCUGCUGGGUCUGCGGAUUGAGCACAACUGGAGGGAGAAGGGCAACCUGACCAAGUGGAAAGGCACAGUGCUGGAGCGCCUCACCGUCAACACCUCCCUGUACAUGGUCAAAUACGACGGCUUCGACUGCGUCUAUGGCAUCGAGCUGUUCAAAGACGAGCGGGUGUCCAACCUGCAGGUUUUAACAGAGAAAGUCGUAAACAACAAGAUCAAGGUGCCGCGCGAUGCGCCGGAGCUGGUGGGCAAGGCUGUGGAGCACCUGUUUGAGAAGGAGGACGGGGAGAAGAACGAGUGGAGGGGCAUGGUGCUGUCUCGCGCCCCCAUCAUGACCAACUGGUACUACAUCACCUACGAGAAGGACCCUGUGCUCUACAUGUACCAGCUCUGGGACGACUAUAAGGACGGAGACCUCCGCAUUCUACCUGAAGCUGAGAACAAACACCUGCUGCCUGCGGACAGGAAGCCAGGCGAGGAGACAGAGAGCCUUGUGGGUAAGCAGGUGGAGUACGUCACUGAUAAGGGUGUGAAGAGGACGGGGCUGGUUAUCUACCAGGUUCCCGCCAAGCCCUCCGUCUACUACAUCAAAUACGACGACGACUUCCACAUCCACGUCUACGACCUGGUCAAAACCACCUAGAAUACAACUCGACCUGGUCAAAACCACCUAGAAUACAACUCGACCUGGUCAAAACCACCUAGAAUACACCUCGACCUGGUCAAAACCACCUAGAAUACAAUUCGACCUGGUCAAACCCACCUAGAAUACAGCUCGACCUGGUCAAACCCACCUAGAAUACAGCUCGACCCAGUCAAAACCACCUAGAAUACAACUCGACCCGGUCAAAACCACCUAGAAUACAACUCGACCCGGUCAAAACCACCUAGAAUACAACUCGACCCGGUCAAAACCACCUAGAAUACAGCUCGACCCGGUCAAAACCACCUAGAAUACAGCUCGACCCGGUCAAAACCACCUAGAAUACAACUCGACCCGGUCAAAACCACCUAGAAUACAACUCGACCCGGUCAAAACCACCUAGAAUACAGCUCGACCGGUCAAACCCACCUAGAAUACAAC